AUGGCUACUACCGACACCCUCCAAGAAGGAAUAGUGGCACCCGCCGGUGUCACCGCAUCGGAGCCGGACGAACCGGCAAGGAUUUCUCCAGCACUCCAAACCCCACCGCCCAACCGGAGCCGACCAGACAAACCAGCGCCCAACACCAUGCGCCAUCACGGCUGCGCCACCACCCACGCCAUUUCACUGCGAGCACCAACACAAGGCCAAGAAGACCGGAGAGAAGAGCCAAGUGACGGGAGCAGCAGCACCAAGGCCGAGCGGGAGGGAACCACCUCCACCGCCGUCGUGCGAGAGGCCCGCGCCUUCGGCACCGUCACGGUAGCCGUCCAGACACGGCAGCGAGGCAUACCAGGCCACCCCUGGCUCGGCCAGGCCUGGAACGGGCACGCUAAGCCCCGCCGGCCACCCUGCAGCAGGCUGGCGUCGGCACCGCCGGCACCCCACCAUUCAUCGCCGCUCCCCCGCCUCCCGGGAGUCACGUUGCCGGCCCGCCCAGGUCCAGAUGGGGCCCUAAGGGCCCAGAUCUGGGUCGAGCGCCGCCACCAGGCCACGCCGCUGCGCCGCCCCGCCGCCAACGACGGCGCCGCCGCCCGCCCACGCCGCGUCGGGGAACCCCGCCGCCAGCCAGACCGCCGCCACCUCGGAGCACCCCCCGGUGCAGCUCCGCCCCGCGCUGGAGAGCAAACCGGAGGGGAAGGUCAGGGGGCCGCUGCGUUGCGUCGAGGUUGUCUCGCCAACAAUUGCUUCUACAACUAUUGA